AUGUCGGACAAAUCUUUUCAUCCAGCUUUGGCCGUCUCUAAUAUCAAGAACAAUAUUGCCAUAACUCUUGAGAUGGAAAACGUUCAAUACUCUAUAUGGUCAAAAUUAUUCAAAAUUCAUGCUCGUUCUCACAGAGUACUAGACCAUAUUAUCCCUCCAAAACAAGGUAUGUUCAAACCACCUUCAACUGAUCAAGAGAAUGAACUCUGGACUACUUUGGAUGCCAUGGAUAGGUUGCGAGACAUAUUCCAAGACAACCAACAUUCCCGUGCAGUUUCUCUUAUACAAGAAUUCUCCACCACUUCUAUGGAGAAUUUUCCCAAUGUAUCUUACUGUCAGCAUCUCAAGUCUCUCGCUGAUCAGAUGAAGAAAGUUGGAGCGCCGGUUUCUGAUAUUCGGAUGGUGUUACAGUUGGCUCGCUCUAUGCUUGUUCUUGAGGAAACCGUAAAGGCAAAGGAGGCGGCAACCGAAUAUGCCAUGGUUGCAGCCUCGUCAGAUGACUCCUUCGGUCAUUUGACAAACACGGGUUAG